AUGACGCAGCCGCGCGAUCUGCUCAGCAGUGUGCGCGACCAGGCUGCUGCCGUGCUGCGCGUAAUCGAUAAAGAGUGUCGUGCCGCCAACAGCCACGUCCUCCGCAUCAUGCAACGGCAGUGCCGUAGAGACGCCGCCGUCGCCGCGACAAGGGGCGGCAGAGCCACCGGCGCCCCCCCUCGAAAGCGCAAGUUGUCUCGAGCACCAAAAGACACGAACGUCGAGGACACCUUGCAAAACACCCUCGAGCGCGUGGGACAAGAGCUGCACCUGGUCCACGCGUGGAUCAUUCAUUUGUGCGGUGACACAGCUGUAGCAGCGGCUGCCGUGUGUGUGGCGCGACGCGCGCUCCGUUGGGAGGCGCUCCGCGGUACCGUCGCUACCUCAACCGUAACGCUAGACGAUGUCAGGUGGUGGUUUGCAGUGGCCCUGUUAGAGCACCUGCACACCCAGUCCUACUGCUUUCACCAUGCAAAGGCUGCCGCGGUCGAUGACAUCAGCGCUGCUGACGGUGGCAAAGCGAGGACGCCACCUGUCAUCGUGGAGGCUCACCACCUUCGCGGCCUUGCUGCUCUCGUCGACUUUGCGAUGGCGCAGCGUCUGGAGGUGCCCCUGCUGUACACUACGCAGCUACACAGUAGCGGGACAGAGACGCUCUCGCUCGCCGUUGCAGCACAGCAAGAGGCUCUCCUGGAUGUCCUUCUAGUUUACCACACUCUCCUGCCCACCUAUGCGCUUCUGUUGCCGUCGUAUCAUCGAGCUGUCGUAGUCGCCGCGACACCGAGCACCAUAUCAUCCAAGCGACGCUACACCGUGGGGGAGGUAGACUUGGCCACCCCACUCGAGCCUGUGCUGGCUGAUGACGAGGUGAUUGCGGACGCGAAUCAGCGGCAAGUGCAUCAGGCGAUCGCGGCAGAGACAGAGGGCGGCACAGAGGUAGAAAAUGGAGAUGGCAGUGAGAGUGAUGCGGUGCGGAAGCUGGCAAAUCGCUGCGCCGUGGCGGCAUCGCCUUUGCGAGUCUGGGAUGUCUUGGUCCAGCACUGGGAGUGGCAGCAAGAGCAGGUGCGCAGCGAGGGUGCCGCAGCAGCUGUGUGGUGGCUACGAAUGCUGCCACUGUGGAUCAGCACUGCCACCGACGCACUGGAGCUGCGCCUCAUACUUGUCAGCAGCAGCAGCAGCGGUGGUGGUGGUGGCGUCACGGAUGCUCUGCGCACCGCGGAGCCCAUGAAGGUGUUGGUGCAUCGCGCAGCAGCGCUACUGCACGACGCGUUACGUUUUGACCGGCGCGACUAUGAGCAAAGUCGUGGCGUGCCACCACCGCUCACGACGAGGUCGGCAUCCGCAAGAAGCGAUGCAUCGCCCCUUGGCGACAAUAACGGCGCCAGCCGCAGUGGCAAGGCGGGGAAGGCCGGCGAAGCCAGCGGCUCUGUGACCGCAACAGCAGGAGCAGCAGGGAAUAGGGAAGGACGUGACGCCCUGGACGACGCCGACGAGAUCGCUGCCGAUGCCCCGCCGCCGUUGCGCCGACAGCGAGGCAAGCGCUCCCUCUUCUACAAGUCGCCGCACGAAGCUGAUGGCGUCCUCGUUCGAGAGAAUCAGGACACGUUGACGAGGGGGUGCAACAACGGGAUGGGCAGCUCGACCCGGUCGCGCUUCGAGUCGCGCAGCCGCACUGGUGCUGGUUUCGCAGUGAAAUCUGCUUCCUUCAUCCCAGGAGCUUUUGGUAGCACUCGCCGUGGCGCAGGUGGUGAUGUAGGGGGUGCAGCUCACCCUCGCCAUGGCCGCGCCGCCUCGGCGUCUGCUGGGGCAGAACGCAACACGAGCCCCAUCUUCCAGGCGCUGGUGCUGUCGAGUGAGUCGCCAAUCAUCCUCGGCACACUCUUCCGCCUGGAUGCAGUGCGACGUCAGACCUGCUUUGAAGAGGCCUGGGCGGCCACCGUUCACGCCCAGAGCAAACUGUGGCGCCUCCUGUACGCCCUCCCUCCAGCGGCGGGGGCAGCGAGCGAAGCUGCCAGUCACGAGAAGGCCAACCGCGCAACUUUGCUGCGCAACUCUCUGCCGGUUGCCGUGGUGUCUCUGGUCAGCGCUGCUGCAGUGGCGAUAUCUGGCGUCGACAACCACUCCAGCCAGUACCGCGCUGCGGCAACCCCGUCUUCCCCAGCCUCAGCGCCAGUACAGAUUCAAGAGGAAACACUGCGGCGGGUGCUGUGCGCACUUCAAAGCGCGCAAGAUCAGCUCGGCCUCUCGCUCUUCGAGUCGCUCCAUCAUCUUCUCGCCGCCGUUGCCCAGGUCCUCCUGCGAAUCGAACGUGUGAGCGACAGCACGCCUAGCUCGCCUCGGAUACCGCGGGAAUUCACCGCUGGCAAGCGAGCGCCUCUCGACCACGUGCUCCAGCGCCAAGCCUUCAUACACGUUCUUACUAUUGGGGCCACAAUUCUUCUGGCAGGGAACUCGCUACCGUGGGAGAGCGCGCAGGCCGCAUGGCAGGUGCAGCAGCAGCUCUGCUACCCACGGAUUGAGUUCCAGCCAGGUGCCGCAGCGCCGCAGCUGCUGCGUCCGCGGUUCGUCUCGGCUGCCAUGGAUAACUUCGCGGUGCAGUGGACGAAAGCCAUCGCUAGGGAUCUGUCGCUGCUGCACAUAUCGUGCCGGCAGCAUGCUGACGUAGUCCUGGCCAACGCACUGGAGAGCCUCCGUGUCUUGCAGACGUCGCCCACCUCCGCGGCGCUCCCGCUUUUUGCGCAGCAGGUGACCGCGGUCGGCCUACUGCGCUCUCUCUCGGUUCUCGCGGGGCAGUGGCGCCAGUGCAGGGACGCCACACAGAAGGGGUUCCGCUUGCACCAAGUGGCAGGCCUGGCCGAGGUGAGGCAGGAGGGGGUCAAGCAACUCUACCAGGGUAUCCUCGACCUCCUGCGUGACGAUGGUGCAUUGCGGCUGCUCUGCUGCUAUCCCGCAUUCAUCGGAGAGCUGUUUGAAAUUCACGUGCGCCUGAAAGCUGACCUCGCGCCACUGACGGAAUGGGCAGACACGCACCUCCUACCUUCAGUGCUGCCUGUGGUGGUGGCAGGCCUGCAGCGGUCCCAGUCCACGCACAACGCUGCCACGCACGCCGACGUGUGCGAGGCGACGCUAGGAUUGCUCUCUCAGCUCUCUCGCUACGCCGCGAACCCGAAGAUGCCUGUAGUGGAGGUUGUGCGGACGCGGUGGAAUCAGGUGCUGCUCCAAGUGAGCCUCUACUGCAUUCGGACGGCAGGAAGGGGCGGUAGAAAGCGGGCCCCUGACUACGGGCUGCCUCCGCCAGUUUUGCCGAACCUUGACGACAUCGCAGCGCCGCUGCAGCAGCAGCAUGGAGCUGACUCCGCGGCGACAACCGCUGCGGCCGCAAGGCAGUGGGUAGAAGCCUUCACCGGUGGUCGCGAGCCGUUGUUUCUCGCGCUGCUCGACCGCAGUGAGAUUCUGUUGAAGGCGCAGCGCGGCAUGCAGUUUCGCACGAUUGAGGUCGCCGAUGGCACGACAUCGGCGCUUGCGGCGUACAUCGCAGCAUGGGAUCAGCAGGUGCGGUUUGGUCGGCGCGUCUGGGACACCGGGCGGCCAGUAAGUCAUGAAUACAGUGCCGAUGACCCAGCAUUCCAUACGAGCGAGCUACUGGCGCAUCUGCAGGCCACCUACGAGGAGGUGCAGGCGUUCAGCAAGAUAACCAGCCCCGCCCUCCGCGCCAGUGCUGAGGAGACGCCGUUUAUGGCGGCGAAACCCAACAACACUCGACAGCUGGGCUUUCUCGUACGGUUCAUGGAGCAGCACCUGCGCGUGCAGGAGCGUCUCUCCCGCCUUAGCGACGAUGAGUUGGAGUCCUUCAUGCUGCCUUGGCGUAAAAAGGAUGUGUCGGUGCCGCCCGCCGUGCAGGCCGUUCCGAGACCGUCGCCGUCGUCCCCCUCAUCCAGCUUCACCGCCUCCGCGGUUACCGUGAGCGAGACCGCGCCACUGGUGCUGCUGGACUUUGUUGGCUACCUCAGUAGCCGAAGUGUGUGGGCAAUGGUGACGUGGGCAUGCAACAUUGCAGAGACGGUCGUGAGGACAGAGCUGAAGCGACACCGUCACAUCCCUGAAGCCGUGCAAGCGGUGGCGACCACAGCAAUUCUCUCGCAGCUGCGCGCCGUGCCGGCGCCCCCCCGCGGCGUCGGCAAGCCCCCGGUGAACAUACUGAGGGCACUGAUCGGCCUCUCCGACAUCGUGGCAGGCACCACAGAGUCCCUCCUUGGAUACCAUCGCCGCUCUGUGAUUCGCGGCCUGGUGAGCAACCCGACACGCGAUCAGUACCGCGUGGUCACUUUUGGGCUGAAGCAGGCCACCGCAUACGUGCAGGAGGAGGCACAGCAGUACCAGGGGCUGGGCACGCAGGAAAGCGACGCACGGGGCGGUGAUGCAUCGGCGUUGGCUGACAGCGACACCGCGGAGGCCUUUGAGGGAGCAGAGAGGAGAGAGGAGAUGGAGGAGGCUGACAGCGCAGGUGGCGCGUUGCACUUUCGAAUGAACGCCGAUGGUACCAUUGACCGCACCUGGCUGGCUGCCGGCGUUCUUGGAUUACCCGCCCCACCGCGGCAGCAAGACGUGGGAAUCUACUACGUGAAAGUAUGGGCCGCAUACGCUGCUCAGCAGCGACUCCGCGCGGCAGCAGGCGAAGAGUCGACGGCGGUGGCAGCAGCCCUGACCCCGUACUUGCGCACCGACCUCAACCGUGAAUAUCGGUUCUUCCUGAGCUGCCUCGUGUGCCUCAUCGACGCCAGCAUGGAGUCUGCGUUGCUCUACCUCCGCCGCCUGCAGGGCGACGGUGAAGAAGACAUCCGCCUUCUCGUUGAGGCCACCGUUUCAGAGCUGUGUCACACCGUGUCGGCGACUAUCCACUCACUUCUCAGCCUCACUCCAGAGGUCCGCCGCGCAUGCUGUCAGCGGGAGGAAUCAGAGCUGCUAUGGGCCUCUCUGUGUAUCAUCUCCACAAUCAGCGCCGUGGUGCCGCGCGACCCGCAGGAGCGCCUCUUCACACCGCGGUGCACAGACGCCAUCGGGCGUGUCUUCUCGCUCACACGCCGGCUGGUAGACGACGCGAUCUCGAUCAGGGAGGCCCCAGCGGCCACCAACGACGAAGCUGACUCUAAUGAAGCACGAGAUGGCGCUGCCAUCAGUGAAGCAGGCGCCUCUCUCGUGCGCCGCCCGCUCUCCACAGCGCUAGUGCGCGGCGCGCAGCUCCUCAUGCGGGACCCCCAAAGCUCUCAACGGACGGCGAUACGCUUGGCAAUGCGCCAGCGUGAGCGGGAUGACCUGUCAGCCAUCCUAGUUGCGCUGCAAGUGUUGGUGAAGUCCGCCGCCGCGUACGAGCCCGGUCGCAGCCUCCUGCACUACGUCUGGGCACGGCUCGCCGCGGAACUCAGUCAGCCAUUGCUGGACCCUUCCGCGGUGACGAGCAAUGCAACACCAACCGAGUUGAACGCUGCGACAACAGUCAUCUCGCGGAGCGAGUACGACUCCGUGCUGCGCGGGCUUGCAUCCACGUGCGCACCGCUGUCACCUAGCUCUGUCCAAGGAGGGAACCUAAAAGGGGACGAGACGGGUGACGGUGCCGCCAAGUCAGCGUUGGCGCUGUCGAACGUCGGUGGGAGCGCCCUGGCGGAAGCGGGGCUGGUCGUGUGCGAUGUGGCCGCUGCCGUGCGACAUGUCGUCGAGGACGCCGCCGGUAUUGAGGAGGAGCGAAGGCGGUGUCUGAACACGAGCGCCAACGAGGAGGAGUGGCACUAUGCCGGUGUCGUCAACACGAGCGGGGCCGCCUCUCCUGCCUCGAGCGGUGGUCUCACAUCGCCACUACUGCAGUAUCCGGACCAAGAUAUGGCAUCAGAGCACCCCACCUUCAGCGUUACCGAGGCGAUGGAGAGCGGCGCAGUACCGGUGACAGCCAUCGUUGACGCCGUCAUUGCACACGCCGCGGCCACAGUGCGCGCCGCUGGCGGGCGCUCUUCGCUGGACAUCAACUCCCUUCCUGGUGUGGAACGCUUUGGGCCAGCUACAGCUGGCGAAGUAGACGACGUCAAGGACGAUCCUGCGGCAGCCGUCGGUUUCCUGCGCCUCGUGAAAGAGUUUCAGCACCACGUGACGGAGCUUCUCUCGCUCGUGCCCCUGCGUGACAUCGUCGCACGGCCACAGGCUGAGGUGGUGUUUGCCUGCAUGAGCCUGCUGCACGGCACCGUCUCCGCUGCCGCAGAGGACAGGGUGUGGGCGCUGAUGACCACCAAGUGGAGAGCUGAGCUACUCACCCCAAGUGAACCAACCUUUCUGCAGCUUCAGGCGCUCGAGUUGGCGAAGGUGCGUGAGCUGCGUGCAGUAACACUGCGGGACUUGCGGUCGGUAACCGAAGCGCACUCUCAUGACAGUGUUAAUGGAGUGGGUCAUAGAAACAGUAGUAGCACCUCGUACAGCUCGUUACCGUGGGGUGCCUCUGUGGUCGACAUGUUUGCUGCCACCGGCCGCGCGCCGAAGGCGGGAUCUGCACAGGCGAAUGACGAGCUGAGUGUGUUGGCAGCAGCAGAGCGCAGUAUGCGGCACCACUGGUGCGCUGAGGAAUUUGACCUUCCUCGCCACGAUGAUGUGUCGCGCUUGUUGUCCAACGCUGGUGGAGCCGGGAAGAGCCCGCGGAACGCAGACAGGGAUCGCCGCUCUCAGCAGCAGCAGCGUAACGGCGACCGUGCGAGCUCCUUGGAGUUUGACCUGCAGGCAACUGGCAUGGCGUCACUCGCAGCCAUGCCAGACCCGAUCCCUAUCCCGGUGGUGCUCACCAUAAUCAAGGUGCUUAGUCGGCGCCCUGUUAAACACGCCGUACCAGGUUUUCCAACUGGGUCGGCGCAUACCUUUGAUGCUCACGGCGGAGGUAUGACACUCCAUCAAAUCGAGAUGACAGCCUCGUGGCUAGCCAAGGGCGGCAACAACGGCAGCAACGUGGAUGGGGAGAGCAGACAGGACUCCGAAGUGGCGCCAGACUCCUUUACGGCGUUUGCUGAGGUGUUUCUGACAUACACAGCGCGCGCAUAUUGGCUGUUGCGACCGCGGCUGGAUGACAGCGCAUGGGUUGUGUUGGCCAUCAUGGAGAAAAGCAUGGCCGUCUACCCGACGGACAAUGGUGUGCGGCAGCGAGAAUGGGACCGAGUGUGCCGCCAGUGGCGGCUGCCGGUGAGCCUCAACCACGCCCAAGCCGUGGCUGGGCAGUUCUUCACCGGGGAGCAGCGGCGCUACAUCAAAGCGUGGACAGCAGUGCUGCGCACAGCGGCCUCUGGCAAAGAUGUAUCGACGCCGGUGAGUACGAAGAGGGUCGAAGGCGCAGAGGAGGUGACAAUGCUCCGGUACUUGCAGGCGGCAGCCCUCUACCUUCACUUGCUGGCGAUGACAAUGCUCCUCCUCUCACGUCUGGGCAUGUUCGGCGACCUGCCUAAGGCCUCCAUCGAAGUGGUGCGCCGACGAGUGCAAGCACAGGUGCUGCAGCAUCGCUCACCGGGCAACCGAAGCGCCGCCGCCGCCUCAGUGGUUUCGAAGGAGGCCUUGACGCGUGAGCUUACACGUAUGGCAUUGGAACGUCAGACACAGCCACAUAACGUGAACCGAAACCUCUUUGAGAGCGCUAUGCUCCAACUCCUGAAUGUGCUGUGGUGUGUCGUGCGACACGCGGACUCGCUGACUCACACGGCCACCGACGUGGUAGUGGCACGGCUUCAAGUCCCCGACUCGGCUGCUUCGAUGGGAUCCCCAGUGGCUUCUGCAGCCGCUAUCGUCUCCUAUGCUGAUCACCUGCGCAUCAUGGUGGUCGGGGUUGUGCAGGACACGCUGGACAUGGUGACAGGUUUGGGGUAUCGAGUGCCAGCGAUGCUACCACACCAUGCCGUGAAAACACUUCUCACGAGCGGCUUCUCGUGUGAACCACUGACCUUGCGGCUGCCGGCGCAUCGCACGCCAAGUGCCGCAACCAUAGCGGGAUCGAGUGUGCACAGUGGCCACUCCUCCACGCACACAGACCACACCAACAGCGGCUUAUUUGCACCGGCAAUCAACGUCAUUGCAACACACCUUAGCGCCACCUCCUCUGGGCCCUCGCCGAUGGGACUUGACGCUGCGCUGCUCCCCACCCCUACAUCGGUGGGGACGUCGCUGUCGGCCACAACUGAGCUUGCCGUGUCAAACACCUUCAACCCCGUCGCCCGACCCGAGCUGUUUGUGGGCAGUCCGACAAUGUUAGCGAUAUUAAGCCCACAGUUUGUGCGCAGCACGAUCUGUAGAUCGCUGGAGACCAACGUGACCUCCUCAACUCUCCUGCCUGUAGCCUCCGCUCUCGAAUUCUACCUCUCGCGCCAUGGUGUCCCAUUGGCGCCGCUUCUGGAGGCAACCACAGAACUGCUGACGGCCUGCACGCUGCGUAACAGCGCCGUUCACAUGUACUGUGAGCGCCUCGCCAGUGAACUGACGUCACGCAAGGAGUUCCGCCAAGCCUUGGCGCCGCCUACAAUCGCCUCAGCCGAGCAAGGUGCCGCCGGGUCCAUCUCCAACGAAGCUGUAAUAUCCUUCCUUGCCGCCAUUGCGCGACGAGACGUGCUGGUGACUAAGAAGACGCUCGCCCAUCUCCUGCACUCGGUCAUGCGGAUGCGGCCGGACGUGUUCGGACAACCGCCCACAGAGAACCGCCAGGGCAAGUUGACUCUGGUGCAGGUGGGUACGACGGUCGACUCCGCUAUCGACACCACAAACCCCCUCUACACACCCGCGCAACCGGCGGUGAAGCGGGGCAGCAGCAACGCAGAUGUCCCGCGCGACUCGGCCGCAGUGAUGAACGCCUUCAACCUGGAGAAAUGGAGUGACGCGACAGUCAUGACGCACCGCAAGGCCCUGGCCGCGCUCACCAUCUCCCUCCCCACAGUGGUGGAGGUGGCCAUGCACAUGGAUUGGAUGCGUCCGCUGGACUCGUCAGAGUGGCGGCGUGCUAUUCAGAUGCUCAAGGCCGCUGACGAAGCGCGGCGUGAACGGGUGGCCGUGCACCGGUCACAAGUGCAGGCGGCCAUCCAGCAAGGGCAUGUCGACGCUGAAGAAGAGGGCGAAGGCGGCGGUGGCCAGAAGCGGCAGCGCACCGACUCGUCGGCUGCUGUGGCUGGAAAGUUGGACGCGUCUCUUCACCUGGAGGACCCGUUUGACUUCGCUGUGGGGGUGCUGCACUUGCGCUACGCACUGCGCAAAAUUGUGCACGCCUCGCUGCGGCGGCUGCUACACCAGCAGGGGCCCCGCGUACUGGCGGAUGUGGCGUCCAUACUGCAGAUGGUCGACCCUGCCUUGCAGCGAGGGACGACAGCGUCUCAGGCGUCCUCCUCUGUCGCGAGGAACCGCGACGGUGGUAAGCGGGGCGGACACACAUCGUCGUUUUGGGUGCGUAGACCGUCCGUGAACGGCACUGCCCCCUCAUCAGAGCAGCCCCGUCUGUUUGACGGAGUGCUGGCCGGUACGACACGCGUGUUGCUCUCUCGUGCGGUGCUGUGCGCACAGGCCAUCGGCUACGACAGCACAGGAGCGGCGCUGGAGAUGUCGCCGCGCAAUGGCUCGCCGAAGUCGCAGGAGGCACAGCCAGUGUUAAAACUGCCAGUCCCAGCGCUUCAGCCCUCUGUAGUGGAGGCCGCCAUCUCAGCAACGGCGAGCACUGCUUCGCACGACCUCCGCAAAGGACGCCACGGGCAAGCAGGGCAGAGCACUGGAAAGAUUGGACAGCUCAGCAAGGAGGAGAAGGCUACCGUGCAUCAGCGCGUGGAGCUGGAGCGUGACGCGGCGACGACGGUGGGACUGACUACGGCUCAGCUGCCACUGCAGAGUGUGCGGCGUAUCGUACGAGCGCUGCGUUUCACCCGCCGCCACGUGGAGAUGAAGCAGCGUAAGCAAGAGUAUCACAGGCGGCGGGGGAAGCGCCAAGAGAAGCCCCGCUUCAGCACCAGCGCCGCAUCCGAUCAGGUCUCUGGCGGCUACGCAUCUCUAUCGGUGUACUGA